AUGACAGAUAAGCUCCCCCCGCCACUUUUGGCGCUAUUUCAGCCUCGUCCACCCCUUCGAUACCUGCCCCCAAGCGAUCGCGCACCAGAUGACUGCCAAAAGAGCGCUAUCUCUGGAGUUGCCCAGUUCCUUGCCGACGCUAAAGCUUUUGCCGAUGAGGUUCCUUACAAUGCAACUGAAAGCUGGGUGCAGCGCAAAUUGCGUCAGAAGACUGAAAAGAAAGAGCGGCUAGAGAAGCAGAUAGCAGAUGGACUGCAAAACUUCAAUCCAGAGAAAGAUCCUCAAGCUCGAGGUGACCCAUUCAAAACUCUCUUUGUUGCACGCCUCAGUUACGAAGUCAAAGAAGCCGAUCUGGAACGAGAGUUUGGCCGAUUUGGCCCCAUCGAAAGAAUUACCUUGGUCAAGGACACAGUAUCAGAGAAGAAAAAGAAAGCUCACCAAGGCUAUGCAUUCAUCGUGUAUGAGCGCGAGAAAGAUAUGAAAGGUAUCACCACCAUUGCCAAUUUAUCUGGCACUAAUCCAAGUCCGGCCUACAAAGAAACAGAUGGCAUCCGAAUCAAAGAUCGACGAGUCCUGGUAGAUGUCGAGCGUGGCCGCACUACCAAAGGGUGGAAGCCCCGUCGCUUUGGUGGCGGUCUCGGAGGGCGCGGAUACACCAAGGCCAUGCCGUCUCGCCCCGGUGGCCCUGGUUUCAACGCACCAUCUGGACCGGGUGGGUAUGGAGGCGGAUUCCGCGGAGGCUUCGGUGGCAGAGGUGGAGGUGGUGGCUUCCGUGGUGGAGGCUUCCGCGGCGGUGGCUCCCCCAACGCCCCCUCCGGCCCUGGCGGUGGACGCAGCGGAGGUUUCAGAGGUGGCUACGGCGGUGAUCGUGGUGGUGACCGCGGUAGUGGUGCCGGCAGAUUUGACCGUGGUGUAACCGGCAGCAAUUCAGAGCCUGUGCGCCCCCGAGACAGCUUUGCUGACCGUGACCGCCGCGAUUAUGACCGCGAUGACCGUUACAGGGAUCGUGAUCGUGACCGCAUGGGAGACCGAGGCAUGGGAGAUCGAAACGGAGGAGACCGAUACCGGGACCGGGAUCGUGAGCGUGGUGGAGACAGGUAUGGCGGCGGUGGCAGCCGCGAUGGUGGCCGUGAUGGCGGCCGGGAGGAUUAUGGACGCAAGCGAAACCGUGAGGAUGAACCUGGACACGAUGAUCCUCGUUCCAGGAGAAGGUAUUAA